CCGGGCGGAGCGGCGCCCCGGGGGUGUCGCCAGUGCCGGAUGAGGAGACUCUGAGGGGAAGUUUGGCCGCCGCCGCCGCGGGCCCUGCGAGGAGGAGCCGCCGCCGGGAGAGCGGGAGAGUGGGCGUCCCCCCACCGCCCCCCGCGCCGCCAUGGGGAACCGGGGCAUGGAGGAGCUGAUCCCGCUGGUGAACAAGCUGCAGGACGCGUUCAGCUCCAUCGGGCAGAGCUGCCACCUCGACUUGCCGCAGAUCGCCGUGGUGGGCGGCCAAAGCGCGGGCAAGAGCUCGGUGCUGGAGAACUUCGUGGGCCGGGACUUCCUUCCCCGGGGCUCUGGAAUUGUCACUCGACGGCCUCUCAUCCUGCAGCUCAUCUUCUCCAAGACAGAAUAUGCCGAGUUUUUGCACUGCAAAUCCAAAAAGUUCACGGAUUUUGACGAGGUACGGCAGGAGAUCGAAGCGGAAACCGACAGGGUGACGGGAACGAACAAAGGCAUCUCUCCCAUCCCCAUCAACCUCCGCGUCUAUUCGCCGCACGUGUUGAACCUGACUCUGAUCGACCUCCCGGGUAUCACCAAAGUGCCGGUGGGGGACCAACCGCAGGACAUCGAGUACCAGAUCAAAGACAUGAUCCUGCAGUUCAUCAGCAGGGAGAGCAGCUUGAUCCUCGCCGUCACGCCGGCCAACAUGGAUCUGGCCAACUCGGACGCGCUCAAGAUGGCGAAGGAAGUUGAUCCUCAAGGCUUGCGGACGAUCGGAGUCAUCACCAAGCUGGAUCUGAUGGAUGAAGGCACAGACGCCAGAGACGUGCUGGAGAACAAACUGCUUCCGUUACGAAGAGGCUACAUCGGUGUGGUUAACCGAAGCCAGAAGGACAUCGAUGGUAAGAAGGACAUCAGGGCAGCGCUGGCGGCCGAGCGGAAGUUCUUCCUCUCUCACCCGGCUUACCGGCACAUGGCCGACCGGAUGGGCACCCCGCAUUUGCAGAAAGUCCUUAACCAGCAACUGACCAACCACAUUCGGGAGACGCUGCCUUCGCUGCGCAGCAAGCUUCAGAGUCAGCUGCUCUCCCUGGAGAAGGAGGUUGAGGAGUACAAGAACUUCCGCCCCGACGACCCCACGCGAAAAACCAAAGCUUUGUUACAAAUGGUCCAGCAGUUCGGUGUGGACUUUGAGAAGCGAAUCGAAGGUUCAGGAGACCAGGUGGACACACUCGAACUCUCCGGGGGUGCCAGAAUCAAUCGCAUUUUCCACGAGAGAUUUCCGUUUGAGUUAGUGAAGAUGGAGUUCGACGAGAAGGACUUGAGGCGAGAAAUAAGCUACGCGAUUAAAAACAUCCACGGUGUGAGGACGGGGCUCUUCACCCCAGACUUGGCAUUCGAGGCCAUUGUGAAAAAGCAGGUGGUGAAGCUGAAAGAGCCUUGUCUGAAGUGUGUCGACCUCGUUAUUCAGGAGUUAAUCAAUACAGUUAGACAGUGUACCAGUAAGCUUGGUUCCUACCCCAGGUUACGAGAGGAGACAGAGAGGAUCGUUACCACUCACAUCAGGGAACGGGAAGGCAAAACGAAGGACCAGAUUCUCCUGCUGAUCGACAUUGAGCUCUCCUACAUCAACACUAACCACGAAGACUUCAUCGGAUUUGCCAACGCGCAGCAGAGGAACACGCAGACGAACAAGAAAAGGGCCAUCCCGAAUCAGGGUGAGAUACUGGUGAUCCGCAGAGGCUGGCUGACCAUCAACAACAUCAGCAUCAUGAAGGGAGGCUCCAAGGAGUACUGGUUCGUGCUGACGGCCGAGUCGUUGUCCUGGUACAAGGACGAGGAGGAGAAGGAGAAGAAAUACAUGUUGCCUUUGGAUAAUUUGAAAAUCAGGGACGUGGAGAAGGGCUUUAUGUCCAACAAGCACGUCUUCGCCAUCUUCAACACAGAGCAGAGGAACGUGUACAAGGACCUCCGUCAGAUCGAGCUGGCCUGCGACUCCCAGGAAGACGUGGACAGCUGGAAAGCCUCCUUCCUCCGAGCGGGAGUUUACCCAGAGAAAGACCAAACUGAGAACGAGGACGGCGCCCAGGAGAACACCUUCUCCAUGGACCCGCAGCUGGAGCGCCAGGUGGAAACCAUCCGCAACCUUGUCGACUCCUACGUCGGCAUCAUCAACAAGUCCAUCCGGGACCUCAUGCCAAAGACGAUAAUGCACCUCAUGAUAAACAACACCAAGGAUUUCAUCCACUCGGAGCUGUUGGCCUACCUGUACUCCUCCGCCGACCAGAACAGCCUGAUGGAGGAGUCGGCCGACCAGGCGCAGCGCAGGGACGACAUGCUGCGCAUGUACCACGCCCUGAAGGAGGCCUUGAACAUCAUCGGGGACAUCAGCACCAGCACCGUCUCCACGCCGGUUCCCCCGCCCGUGGACGACACGUGGCUGCAGACGAGCAGCGGGCACAGCCCCCCGCCUCAGCGCAGACCUCCCUCCGUCGUCCUGCCGCCGGGCCGGCCGCCGGCCGUCAGGGGUCCGACACCGGGGCCGCCCCUCAUCCCCAUCCCCGCCGGGGGACCCUCCUUCGCGGCUCCCCCCAUCCCCUCACGUCCUGGACCCCAGAACAUCUUCGCUGCUAAUAACGACCCCUUCUCAGCCCCUCCUCAGAUCCCGUCGCGGCCGGCACGCGUCCCCCCCGGCAUUCCUCCCGGCGUGCCCAGCAGAAGACCCCCGGCCGCGCCGAACCGGCCCACCAUUAUCCGACCGGCCGAGCCCUCCCUGCUCGAUUAAGCGCCCAGGGGCUGGUGGCGACUCCCGGAGCGGCUGCCCCCACGCCCGCCGCUUCCCUUUGCCGUUGUUUUGAGGGGGGGGAAAGGGGAAACGACAAACCAACCCACCCCCAAACCCCCAACCCUGCGUCUAAUCUCUCUGAUUUUGAAACCAUCCUACCUGCGAUCAGCUCAGCGGAGCGGUUCGGCCGCGGCCGAUCCCGACCCCCAGCGCGCCGCGGCCCCCUCCUCGGUCCUGGCGCGCCGACGCCGGCGGCGGCGGUUGAGGCCGGGCGGUUUUUCCCUCGCCUCCGCCGCGCCCCGCUCUGCCCCCCACCUGUAUAAUAAACCGCGGAGGAUUAUAUAUAUAUUUUUUGGGGGUUGGAAUAUUGCACUUUGUCCGAAGUCCCUCUCCUCUCUCCCGCCCCCCGGGCCGCCGGCGGCGCUCGGUGCCGUGGGACGGCCUGAAUGUGCGCGGCGCGGGCGGGAGAGCUCGGAGGCGGCCGGUUCAGACGCCGCCGCCCGUCUCUGGCGGCGCCCAGGAGCUCCUCGAGCUGAUCCGAUUCCUGCCGAUUCGCUUGCUUCCUCCUUUUUCCUCCUCCUCCUCCCCCCACCACGACCCCCACCAGAAUUUUUUGUAUUAAUAUAUUAUAUAUAAAACUUAGUGAUUUUUGGUUUUCCUCUCCCAAACCCGAAAGCCGAUUGCUAAUCUUGACCAUAGCCCAUAUUUCAGUUUUUAUAGCUUUGAGGAAAAUUUAUAUAUGGAAAACGAUGGGACCGCGGGCAGCGAUCCGCGGAUGACCCCGGCCCGCCGCGGAGCAGGAGCAGACCCCGCAGCUGGGCCUUGCCUCGCGAGGGGCCGCCCCGGCCGCCGACCUCAGGUAUUUCCUCGGCGAGGCCGGGCUCGGCGCGAGGGAGGCUGGAGGGGCGCGGCGGGGAGGGGGCGCAACGCGCCGGGGCCUCCCCGGGGUUGGCGUCGCGACCCCUCGCCCGCGGCGGGCGUUCCCAGCCCCGAGGAAGAGGAGGGAGCGUUUCUCCCCGCUGCCUCGAGCCCCCCACCCCCGCCCAGGGCAAAGGGGGUUCCUGGGGGGGGGAGGAGGAUGCGGCUGCCCCCCCCUCCUCCCCCCCCAAAAUGACCCGCGCAAGGCUGCGGCGUCCCGGGGUUGGGGGUCGGUGGCCGGGAGGGCGCUCGGGCCCCCCCCCGCGCCCGCAGCGUGUCCCCCCCCCUCCCGCCGCCGCCUCAGACACCGGUGCCUUCCCGGGGGGGCCGCGCCGCGGCUGGGAGCGGAGGUUGUAAAUAUUUUUACAGACUCUAUCAAUUCUAUUAAAAAAAAAAAAAAAACCAAAAAAAAAAAAAAGGAAAAAGAGAAAAAAAACACCAACCCCCCCCCCGACCCAAAAAUAAUGUAGGUUUUUUAAAAACAUCGGCCCCCCCCCCAGCGGGGCUGCGGGAGCGCCGAGCCCCCCCCUUCGCGGCGAGGUGCCCUCGGGGGUCCGUCGCCCCCCACCCCAAAUUAA